CACUGGUGUAAUAAGAUACCAACUGCGAGAAAUAUUAGCAAAUAGUUUUAUAUUAGUUUAUAAUCAUUCUAUUCGCAUGGCACCUAUACAGGACACAAAAUUUGGGGUUGUUCAGAGAGCUCAGAAAUAUUCUGACUUCAGGAGGGGUUCUUGUUGUAUUUCUGGAAGAUCUGAGUGCAAAGAGAAUGGGACAAUUGCUAAUGAUAAAACUGAUUAUGGUUGGUUAUGAGAAGACCCCUUUGAUCAAAAAGCUUACCUGACUAAGCCAUCAGAAAUCCAUUUAAAUUUACUUUGCAAGAUCAUUGGUUGACUUUUUAGGAUGAGAAUUUUCACAUUUUAUCAUUCUUAAUUGAUAAAAAACAAAACAAAAAUACAUAGUCUCUGCUAAAUUAGUUGCUGUGUAUGGAAAUUUUAAAGCCUGUGUGCCUUGUACAGCAAAUGGCUAGAUUAUGUAGAUCAUUCACGAUACUGACUUCUUCCUCUCAGGAUGAGCAGUUUAUCUGCAGAUUAGUCUGGUUUCUGGAUUAGCUGGCGGGAUUACUUCCACCUUAAUGAAUGAGGAAUUUACAGAAGCAACUAAACACAAUUAUAAAGGUCCCCAGCUUUCGAGAACAGUCAGCUUUGGAAAAGAUGUCAUGGGAGAGUCAUGGGAUGAAAUGUGACAAUGACGUGACAAAAACUGUAAGCACUUCAACAAACAUAGGCCACUUCAGCACCAGUUCCAGAAAUAUUGUCGCUUUGAUGAUGAUCCAGAAUGCUUCACACUGACAACCUUUCAGAUCAACUUUCCAUUUCUCCUUCAUUUCUGCAGCGACAGAGCUUUGCGUUAAGUGGCAGAUGUGAUGCUUCAGUAUGUGGAGGAGUUUAAAAAAUGCAGCAGGCCACCUGCUGGGUUAAAGAGAAGCAGAUGGGUUAAGGAUCUAAUCGGGCCGCUCCUUGGUUAAGCCGGACCAACAACAACUAUUGGCACUAAUGUAGAUGAAGUGAUAACGGAUGACUUCCAUUACUGCAUCGCUUUGUCCCCGCUCUUUUAUGGUAUAGUGGGGGGAAGAGACAGCAAAGGAAGGGGAAAAGAGCUGCAGAAAAUGAUACAUUGGUGCGUAUUUCAACAUGAAGUAGAGGAAGAAAUGAGUGGAACUGCAAAGACAGAAAGAAAUGCAUUAUGAAAGAAUAGAUUAAGGUGUGUGAGGAUUUGCAGAAACCUCUAGGCAGGGGGAAUGGGGUUCUCAACUGGUCAGACAAACCCCUCCUGCAGGGCGCUAUUGUCCACCACACACGGCUGUGCAAAGAAAGCUGAUUACAAAGGACAGCAGGCUGUACUCCUCUGCAGUUGAUCACCACAUGUUGCCAUUUUUACCUCCCUGUAAAUUCCAGCCUUUGGAGAUUCACACUUUUCCCAAUGACACGACUUGCUUUUCUUUUUGUGAGGAUCUGAACUGUUGUCUUCUUCGUCUUCCUGCAUAAAUCCAGAUGCAGCAAAUCCGCCCUCCCCGCAGCUCCUCAAAACGGCUUGUCUAUUAUUAAAAGCUUUUAAAUGGAGCAGCGUGUUGGCUGACUACCAAAUCCAUUGCCCUGUUGCCAAGGAAACACACAUUCGUGGUCGCUAGUCUUUUUUGCUCCUUUUUCCACCCCUCCCCUUCCCUUCCCUUGAGGCUCAUAUUUCAAGAGUGUCAGCAAUCUGGUGUGCUCACACUGCUGCCUUUCAGCUAAAAGCUUUUUGUGCUGCCAGUGGAGCAGAAUGGAGGGCAAAAGAGAGAGCGGAUGGGAGUGGUUAGCGAAGAGAGGGGGAGGGGGCUUGGAUGAUAAAAAGGCCCUCUCUCACCGUUGCCAAGGCAACUUGAUGUCACGGUGACAUCACACAGUAUUAAAAGCUUUUAACCGGAUUUCUCUCCUGCCUUAGGCCCCAUUUUGAGUCCUCUUUCAGCUAGGCUAGGGGGAAGGGCAGAGGCAGGCAGGACGGCUGUGGCUGUGCAUGCUCUCUCACAUGUAUCCCUCCUUCCCUGCAGACUCAACCCAGCCCUUAUAACAGUAAAAAGACUUUCAAAUUCAAGCUCUAAAGCUCCUAUCUUUGCAAAAAAAAGAAAAAAAAGAAAAAAGAGAGAAACCCACAGCCAGCACAGGCCAAAAGAGAGACAUAGAGAGGACGAAGCCAACUCCAAAAUGGCAGUGGACGAUAGUUUCAGCUACCUGAUGACAGGCCACAGCGAGAAACACAGGCGGGCCCCGAACUGGACCGACGGCGAAAUGAAGGCCCUCCUGUACGUGUGGGAGGAAUUCCACAACGAGCUGAAAACCAGCAAGAGGAACGCCAAGGUUUACGAGAAGAUGUCCCAGAGGUUUUUCCAGCUCACCGGAGAGCAGCGCUUCAAAGAGGAGAUCAAGAUGAAAAUCACUAACAUGUCCUUCCAGUUCAGGCGACUGAAGGCCACAGCCAACGAAUCGGGGGAGACACCGGACUGGCCUUACUACAAGGCCAUCGAGAAGAUCCUCUCCAAGCCGCUGGAGAACGGCAGGGUGAACUCGCUGGAGUUUCAGACCUCGGCUGCCGGUCCCUCCACUUCGUCCCAGUCCACAGACAACCCCUUGUCCCAGUCGGAGGAGGGCGUGAUUGGAUUCCUGCCAGAGUACACUGGCUCCUCAGAUGAGAUGGAGAUAAAACAAGAGCUGGACUCUUUGAGUUCAGACAGCGAGCACAUGCUGGGCUCCAGAUGUUCCUCUCCGCUCCUCAGCUCCCACCCCGUCUCAGCCAGGAAGAGACGUGCCAAAAAGUACCUGUCCCUGAAGAGGAAGAAGCUGCAGGUCAUGCAGGCCAUGCUCCAGCAGCACAAGAAGUCCAGCCAGGCGAUAGAGGAGACGUGCAGGGAGCUCCGCCGAUCCAUGCACCAACAGAACCUCCUGCAGGUCCAGUGUCUGCAGCUGCAGGAGAGGAUGAUGAACCUCCUGGAGAAAAUGAUACAGCUCCCCAGCUCAGCAUCAGCGGUUUGGAGUCAGAGCGGGGCAAAAGAUCCAGGGAAACCGUGAAGGGCGGGAAAAAUCAUGGCAUCUUCCAACGCUCAUAGGAAAAGCAGGUUCUUUCAUUUCGCGUCUCAACUGCAUUAUUACAUACAAAAUAGACAAAAACUGUUAUCACACCACAGAUAAGGACUACCAAAAAAAUAUACUUUCACCAACUCUGUGGGGGUGCCUGAAAACAAUAAUUAAAAGAACUAAAAAGACAUUGUUUAAAUUUUAGUAUCCACUGUAUGUUGGGUAACAAUGUAGUCUUUUUUUUUAGCUUAGAACUAGUUGUGUAAAAUAUUUCUCAAUUACAUGCCAAGUAUCCAAUUAAAAUAACUACAAACAGUC